GUGACAGCACGCGCCAGCAGGCGGCGACCGAAACACGGGCUUUCUCCCGUCCUCUCCUCCUCCUCCUCCUGGCGUGUCGUGCUUUUACUCCCUCCUUUUCCUCCAAACACACACGAACGCGAGUAACACCGGCAGGUUUAACUACAAUCUCACCGUCACCGGAGGAGGAACAUCACAUGAAGCCAUAAUAACCCGGAGUAACGGGACAGAGCUGCAGGAUCCGAGAUCUGCCAGAGGACGGUGAAUGGACUGAGAUCCCAAAACCAAAAAAUCUGCAAAGAAGUGCACUCUUUCGCCUUAAACACACACACACACACACACACACACACACACACACUGAAGACGUACAGGGAUCCAGAUAAAUGGCUGACAAACAGAUCAGUUUGCCUGCCAAGCUAAUAAACGGCGGUGUGGCGGGACUGAUCGGCGUUACCUGCGUGUUUCCCAUCGAUCUGGCCAAAACCCGCCUUCAGAACCAGCAGAAUGGAUGCCGCCUCUAUACCAGCAUGUCAGACUGCCUCAUGAAGACCAUCCGGUCAGAAGGAUACUUCGGCAUGUACAGAGGUGCGGCGGUCAACUUAACUCUCGUCACUCCAGAAAAAGCCAUCAAGCUUGCGGCAAAUGAUUUCUUCAGAUUUCACCUCUCUAAGGACGGGCAGAAACUCACUCUAGCGCGAGAGAUGCUGGCCGGCUGCGGCGCGGGGACGUGUCAGGUCAUCGUUACAACACCAAUGGAGAUGCUGAAGAUUCAGCUGCAAGAUGCCGGAAGAAUCGCGGCUCAGAGGAAGCUCAUGCCUCAGGCUGUGACCCCCGGGGGCCCGGUGGAGCUGAAGUCCCCCACGGCUAUGCAACUCACCAGACAAUUACUGAAGGAAAAGGGCAUUGCGGGUCUUUACAAGGGCCUGGGAGCCACGCUGCUCAGGGAUGUCCCGUUUUCUGUCAUUUAUUUCCCUCUGUUUGCUAAUCUGAAUAAUCUGGGGAAGAGAGGAGCCGACGGUCCCGCUCCCUUCUACGUCUCUUUCAUAUCGGGCUGCAUUGCGGGCAGCACAGCCGCCGUCGCCGUCAACCCUGUAGAUGUGAUAAAGACCAGGCUACAGUCGCUAACACGAGGGAGUAAACAUAAAACUUACAGAUCGACUACAUACAGCAAAAGGAAGAUAUUACGCCACGAAGGUCCCACUGCUUUCCUGAAGGGGGCGUACUGUCGAGCGCUCGUCAUCGCACCGCUCUUCGGCAUCGCUCAGGUGGUCUACUUCCUCGGCGUAGGCGAAUACAUCUUGAGCUAUCUGCCCAAACGGAACAACUAACCACCCUUCCCAUCAUGCAUUGCACCAGUCCCCGCCCCCUCUCACAGGUCGUGAUUACCGAAGGAUCAAAGCGUAACGUGGACCAGUCUGACUGAUUUUAAUCGUUUGCUGUCGUGCCGUUUUUGUUCAGUGCGCCGUGUGUUUUUAUCUGAAUGUGGUGGUUUUAAUACUGAGCGUAUAGUGAGGUUGUGUUUGCCGAGUUGCCUGUAUUUUGUCUCGUCCGGUCUCACACUGAGACAAACAUGAUGUCCUUUUAUGAGCAUUUAAUCGUUGAGCCAGUGUCCAAUCACUGACAUUUAAACCGUAAAAUCGAUGAUCAGUCAUAACACGAUCUCGUAGAGCUCUUGUUAAUUAUGUAGUGAAAUAUCAACCCAACAUGAAGCUCUUUUUAAUUGUUAAUUUCCUGGAACACGAGGACACGUCGUGUUGAUUAGUUUGCCCUUUACAGUAGCUGUGUCCGUCUUUCUUACGACCAGCUCUGAAUGCUUUCCUCUGGGCUCAGAAUGACCUUGAAGAAAAGUGGAAAGACUUGGAGAGUGUCUGACCUGAGAGCUGCUUAUCUUUGUGCCCGGGCAAGACUUUAUUCAGCGUAUGUUUCAAAAUGACAUGUUGGCUAUGGAGGUUAAUUCAAUUAAUUUCUCAUAGACAUAUCAGUGAAUGGAAAAUGUGACUUGAAAGCAUCUCUCAACUUGACCAAAUCAGAAUGGAAAUGCCUUCGACCCGGGGCGUAGCAGGCAUUAAAACUAAUGUAAAGUUCCCAGACUUUGGGAGAUAAUCAUUAUAGAUUAAGAGAUUCAUUUUGCAUGGCCACAACACAAAGAAAAUUAAUGUGAAUGUUUUUUUUUGCAUAUCAGACUCAUAUCUGUUCUGCUGUUUGUAGACUGAACAGCAAAAUUAGCAUUAAAUAUGAUCUUAAACCUCAUUCAAACCACAUUUGUAGAUGUUUUUAUGAU